ACGGGUUGUACAUCCGGGUCCUGGCGCUGGCCGUUGUCGGGCUUGUUUACGCGCUGGAGGCCGGGCGCAGCGCAGCGGCACAUUGUAGUGGAAAUUACGCCGCAACGUCGAGUUAGAUUUACCUUCUGGUCCGUGAAUAAAGUGUAACGAUGCAUAACUGGCUGCUACACGGCGGGGAGAGCCGCUCUGUGACUGACUGAACACUUUAACGCCUCACUUCUGUCCUGUCCGACUCCGAGCUCGAGCUCUCUGCGCGCUCUCUCUCUCCUCAGCUCGCUCAGUUAGCGCUCAUUCUCACACAGUUUGGAUCGGCGGUGUGUGAGGCGUGAGAGAUGGGGGCGUUCCUGGACAAGCCGAAGAUGGAGAAGCAGAACGUUCACGGCGAGGGGAACGGGCUGCGCUACGGUGUGAGCAGCAUGCAGGGCUGGCGUGUGGAGAUGGAGGACGCCCACACCGCCGUCAUCGGCCUCCCGCACGGCCUCGACCCCUGGUCCUUCUUCGCCGUGUACGACGGCCACGCCGGCUCUCAGGUCGCACGCUACUGCUGUGAACACCUGCUCGAGCACAUCACUAGCAACCCCGACUUCCAGGGCGGCGUUGAAGAGGAGGAGGAACCGAGCGCGAAGCGCAUCACGUCAGGGAUCAGGACCGGCUUCCUGCAGAUCGACGAGCACAUGCGGGAGAUGUCUGAGCGGAACCGGAGCGGCUCGACGGCGGUGGGUGCCAUGGUCUCGCCGCGGCGCAUCUUCAUGAUCAACUGCGGCGACUCCCGGGGGCUGCUGAGCCGCGCCGGUGCCGUGCACUUCUCCACAGAGGACCACAAACCCAGCAACCCGCUGGAGAAACAGCGCAUUCAGAACGCGGGCGGUUCCGUCAUGAUCCAGCGUGUGAACGGCUCUCUGGCUGUGUCCAGAGCGCUCGGAGAUUUCGACUACAAGUGUGUGAGUGGGAAAGGCCCCACGGAGCAGCUGGUGUCCCCCGAACCAGAGGUUUACACCAUCGAGCGCUGCGAAGCCGAGGAUGAGUUCAUCGUUCUGGCGUGCGACGGCAUCUGGGACGUGAUGACCAACGAGCAGCUGUGUGAAUUCGUACGCUCGAGACUGCAGGUCACAGACGACCUGGAGAGAGUGUGUAACGAGAUCGUCGAUACCUGUCUGUACAAGGGAAGCAGAGACAACAUGAGCGUGGUGUUGGUGUGUUUCAGCGGCGCGCCGAAGGUUUCCCCGGAGGCGGUGAAGAGAGAAUCAGAGCUCGAUACGUACCUGGAGGGCCGAGUAGAGGAAAUCCUGAAAAAGCAUAACGAAGACGGAGCUCCAGAUCUGGUGCACGUGAUGCGAACGCUGGCGUCCGAGAGCAUCCCGAACUUACCGCCUGGAGGAGAGCUGGCCAGCAAGCGAAGCGUGAUUGAAGCAGUAUAUAACAAACUCAACCCCUACAGGAACGAGGACACAGACUCUGCGUCCGCGGAUGACGUGUGGUAGCGUUUCACACAACACACACCGGCUUCUCUCUCAGCACACACACACACACACACAAAAGGUGGAACUGACGAGACGCCAGCUGAAGAGGAGGAACGAGGGACUCAUCCCUUUACACUCAGCUACACUCACAAGGGGACGUUUUGUUCCUUCUUUUUUUAUUUUUCUGAUAUUGUCUUUUUGGGGGGGCUGUAAUUAAUUUGAUUCACAUCAUGUGUGUUUGUAUAUUUGUUUUUGAAGUGCAAUUGUAAAAAAAAAAAAAAAAAAAAAAAGCCUGUAUUAAAUGCAGCUUGUUAUUAAAUGCUCAAAAAACAUCAAAGUAAACCUUUUAAAAGAGAGAGAGAGAGAGAGAAGGUUUAUGCAUCAUCUGCCUGCUCGGGGGGACCGCGGACUCUCGGUAAGUUCCCUUCAGCCUGAGUGCGCUUGCUCUCCUGGAGUCCAGUGAGACGCGUGCUGAUGCUGAACCUCGACGUCGCCAUGUCUUAGGGAAAGAAAGGCGAAAUAAUCAUAAAAACCCUGGUGUGUGUGUGUGUGUGUGUGUGUGUGUGUGUGUGUGUUUAAAGCAUACGCUGAGAAGGGACUGAUGAGAAACGCUGAUCCAUAACAGUAACCUGAGGGGCUUGAGACUUUGGAGCGUUCUGAUUGGGUGGUUGUCCUAGUGGGCGGUGCUGUCUGGGCUGUGGGCGUGGCUCUCCAUCGUCCUCCUCAGUAAACACGUCAACCUUUUACACCACGUGUUUUGGAAAACUGAUCAAGUUCUGAAAACUCCCAGGUGUAGCGUUAGACAAAUGUUCUAAAAGUGUUUAGGUCAAACGUUUAAAACACACACACACACACACACACACACACACACUCUAAAAGGACGCUUCAGGUGCUCAGGGUGGUGGUGGGGAGUUGGUGCUUAUAUAUUUACAUUCAUGCAGGUGCUGAAAGAACUCGCAGGUCACAGCCAUGUGACACACACACACACGUGGGUGUGUGUGUUUGUGGCGUGCGGUUGAAGCAUCAGCACACGCCUGACUUGAGAUCCAGAUGUGUGUUUCCUGCACCUCUGAUGAAACGGGUAAACGCUAACAAGCUCGCGGUGCGCGCACACACACACACACACACACACACACCUUCACUUGUCCUUAAAGUAACAUGCAUUUAUUUUCUUUCUUUUGAUUGGCACAUAAGACACAUCACUUCAUAGAGAGAGAUUGUGUGUGUGUGUGUGUGUGUGUGUGUGUGUGUACUUACAGACCUGAUUUGUCUUUUUUUUUCACAGUUGUUAAUGUUUUUUUUUUGAAAAAAGAAAAAUCCUAAACUCUUCCUUACAACCAAGCUAAGCUCAAGUGUGUGUGUGUGUGUGUGUGUGUGGACACGUUUUCCAUCAGAUCCACAGAACACUGUAUCACUGUUGAUCUUUUAUAAUUUUUUCCUCAGAAAUGUUUUUUUUUUUUUCAUUAGAACUGAUUGUGUAAUUCUCCCACGCUGUGUUCCAAUACUGUGAGUUUUCCCCCUGUAGGUCACUUCCACUCGUUCACUUCCACUCGUUCACUUCUCCUAGCCGGUGAAGCAGACGAGACGUGAGACUCUGCGCAGUUGGUGUGAGUCAGAGCUGUUAUUACUGUGUAAUAAACCUGUAAUUAUAAAACAAACUGGAGCGUCGCUAUGAGAACCUAAACACUGCGUGACAGAGUGAGGCGUGCCCGCAUACACACACACACACACACACACACACGCAGGACUUGUCUCCUCAUCGUCGUGUCAUUUGGUGUGACGACUCCUGUAACAGAGUGCCGAUUACGGCAGUAAUUAUCGUGAAUAAUUAACGAUUGCAGCUUUAACAGACAGGACACACGCACACACACACCUAGUGAUCAGUGCCAGGACGCCUCCUGUCUGAUUAACUUCACCUGCAGGAAGAGUCUUCUUUUUUUUUUUUUUUUUUUUUUACCCCAUAUUGCAGCAGUGCAUUGUGGGUAAACUGGGU